AUGUUCUGUAGGAAGACCAACUAUUUGAAGAAGGUACAUGUAUGGAACUCCCUAAGCAGUUCUUGUCUAAAUGGAAGAAAUAACUGACAAUGAUAGCAAGCCAAGUGGCAGCCAACAAAAUCUAAAUGGCACUACAAGAUGGUCUACAUCACUGGAAAAUUUACUGGAAGACCCAGAAGGCGUCAGGAGAUUUAGGGAGUUUUUAAAGAAAGAAUUUAGUGAAGAAAAUGUUUUGUUCUGGAUAGCAUGUGAAGAGUUUAAGAAGAUACAAGAUAAGAAACAGAUGCAGACAAAGGCCAAUGAAAUUUACAUGACUUUUUUGUCCAGUAAAGCUUCUUACCAAGUCAAUGUUGAAGGGCAGUCCCGUUUGGAUGAGUCAAUACUGGAAACACCACAUCCUCUAAUGUUUCAGAAACUCCAAGACCAGAUUUUCAACCUCAUGAAGUACGACAGCUACAGCCGCUUCUUAAAGUCAGACACAUUUCUAAAACUUAAGCAGGCUGAAGAACAGGAAGAAAACUCACCAGAUGCUCAAAAUGUAGCAAAAAGAGUUUCAAGAAUUUACAACACAUGAUCCAAAUAACCAGCAGUAGGUCCCACUGAAACUAUAAUGAAAAGGAGGAAGAAGAGGAGUGCUCAGGAAUAUUCUUUGAGGUUUAACACAGUUGCUAUUAAAGCUUGGAAAAUAUAGAACUUUUUAGGCGAUUUUUAACCCUAGUUGCUUGAAUGACCUAACUGGUUUCUUUUUAAUGAUGGCUACAACCAAAUGUCUUGGGCAAACAAGUAUACCAGGCCCCUAAAAGGACUGAGGGGCUUGUCAGUAAUUUGGAAAGAGAAGGUGAGAAUGUUUUUAACCUUGUUCUUAAAAAAAACCAACCCUUACUCUGUGAAUCAUGGGCAAGGGUAAGUGGGAAAUGUAGCAUUGACACUUCUAUAAAUUUGUGAACAGUAAUUAUGUGUGGGGAAGUCAGAAUGUUUGUUUGAAUCCUUCGUAGUGCCUAAACACAGACUAUUCAUAAAUGCACUGCCACCAAAGAAUUAAAUCCUGUCUGAAUUUUGCAUUCUUUAUUAUGGAGCUGAAAUAAAAUAAAGGAAAAGGGACUGAUUCCUCUCCUACCAGAUUUUUCUUGACAAGAAUAGAGAAACUUCUGCUAAGGAAAGGGAUGUAUAAAAGUAGCAAAAUAUUCAUUUGAUAUGCUCUGUUUAAGCUACCUUUACUUUUCUUCAGCAACUAAUCAAAGGAAUUGUAACCCCCCCUUUUUUUGGUGGUUCUCUGUGUAAUAAAGCACAUGUAUUUCUCUCUGA